UUCGCUUGAGUUGACUGGUUUUGAUUCUUCGCGCUUCACACAUGGUUGUUUGUUGUUGUUAAAAAAGAAAGAAAAAAAAAACGUGUUUGUAUUUAUGGACUCAAAUAACGACGAAAACAGAAAUGGUUUACUGGCUCUACGAGUUAACCAGCUUGAUUCAUCAGAGCUGGAUAAUGAAAUUCUACAAAUCAUCAAGGCACAGUUAUCAAAUGUGUUCAAGUAUUUUAAGCCUGGCUAUCUAUCAAAGAUCGAACCUGAACUGAACACUGUCAUACGGUUACUGAUAUGGAAGUAUUCAGUAUUCACCAAUGAUGCCACUCUAGGCCAGCAAAUGUUAAACAUUAAGUACAGAGAUGCAGCUAAAUUUGGCCCACUUCACACUCGUCAGCGAUGGCUCUUAGGUGUAGUGUUGGUAGGCUUGAAGUGGAUACAAGAGCGGAGUAUGGAGCUAUCAAGUCUGACCAGAGAAACAACAAUUAGUUGGAUCAUUGGAUUUGUAAACAUGGCAGAGAAGUUGCUGAAGGUUGCAUCUCUUGUCAACUUCCUAUUGUUUCUUCGUGAUGGCCAGUAUCAAUUUCUAUUUGAGAGGAUCAUUGGCGUUCGAGCAACAUUCUCCAAACCUCAAUUUGUUAGACAAGUAAGUUUUGAAUUUAUGACAAGAGAGUUAAUGUGGCAUGGAUUCUCUGAGUUCCUGUUCUUCAUCCUGCCUUUAAUCAACUACAGAAGAAUCCAGAAUUUCUUCAGAAGGAAACUCCGCAGCCCUAGUUCUCCCAACCAGACUCGGUCAUCCCGGCCCCUGAAAACGUAUAAAGAAUGUGCAAUAUGUGGAGAGUGGCCAACAAUGCCAAGGGAAAUUGGUUGUUUACAUGUCUAUUGUUACUACUGUAUUCAGAGCAACAUGCUAGCAGAUUCAUCAUACUCCUGUCCUUUGUGUAGCUACAAGCCUGAUGGAAUGAAAAGCAUCAAAGAAGUAUCAGUUGAAAUCUCAUGAGCCAUACAAACAAGACCAAAAAUAAGUGUACUUAAUGUUAUAUGCAUCGUGAAAAUUAAUAUAUUAUGUAUAUUCAAGAAUCAUUGAAAUGAAUAGUACUAUUCGCAAUAGUUUUUAUUGAUACCGUAAAAGUACAGUAUAUAGAGCAUAUGGUUGUUGAUGUUUUUAAAACAUUUUAUUUGGUGCUUUUGCAAAUUAGCUCUGGUGAUUUUGAAAUCCAGAUUGGCCUCCAAAACACCUAUGGUACUUGUAGAAUAUUGAGUGCUCUUAUAUCUGGUUUGGGUGGAUGAUUGGCGAAUAGAAGUUUCCGGCGACAACUGAUGGGUUAGUUUGUUCGGUUUUAUUGGAUUGCAGGGGAUAGCAGUGAUUCACAAAUGACUGUUACUUAUAGGUUUGUGCGGUGCUAGAUCUGCCUUUAUACAGCUCUACUCGGGUUGCUCACAUUUAUGUGAGUUUACAGUACGGUGAUGUGUAGUGGUAGUGUAAUGAUGCGGAGUUCGUUCAUCACUAUAGUACAAGAAAGAUAACAUAUUUCAUAGUAUGAUUAAGUCAAUUAGCAUAAUAUAGUACUGUAGUACAAGGUAACUAUCUUUAACACAUGAAUAAAAACAAAUACAUGA